CCUAUCUCGCGGGAAGCCCGAUGCCGUUGAAUGGUUAUGGACUAGAUAAGAAGCAACUCUUUAAGAUUCCAUUUCAAGCAAGGCCAGGACCAUCCAUCUCAUCAUCGUACACUUCUUCGCUGGGGUUUACAAUUCAGAGUGCAAUACUUCCAUCAGCUUAUCCGAACCUUAUGUUUAAAGGAAUUGUGACUUAUGGAUGGCCUGCCGGGUACUGGUUCUUUCAUGGGAUCAUUGACAAGGAUAAAGCUUGCAAUGGGUUUUAAAGCUACCCAUGCAGUGGCUCUUCUUGCGUUGGGAUAUGAUGAGAGUGAUGGCAAAAUCAUGUUAGAAAGGGGCACCAACAAAAUCAGCUUUAAUCCACCUCGUGAUCCCCUUCUUGCCCGAAAAAUUACAGCUUUUCAAAAGCUCACUAAGAAAUUAGGAGGAGUUCUCUUCAUGUCGAAGUACCGAAGCACAGCUGUUCAUCUUUUAGGUGGGUGCAAUGCAUCAUCAAGUCCGUUACAUGGUGUUUGCAACCAUAAUGGGCAGGUUUUUGACCCAGCUCAUGAUGAGUUACCUGCCGCUGCAGUACACCCCGGCCUAUAUGUGUGUGAUGCUUCUUUGAUUCCAUGUUCUGUUGGCAUAAAUCCAUCUCUUACUAUUGCCACUGCAGCUGAGCACAUAAGUAGGCAACUUGUGAAGGAUGUUCUCGAGUACAGCACCAACAAUAUCGACAAUAAAGGUCCAGAUUCCCUCACUGAUAAAACAAAGACUAUAGCUAUAGGUAAUGGUAAAAAAUCAGAUCUCGCGUUCAAAGAAACCAUGAGAGGACAUGUUGGGGGUAUGCCAUGCACAGCUUAUCUCAAAAUGAAGAUGAACCCUAAUGAUGAGAACUAUAUGGACUAUGACAAGUUGGGUACCAAUAUUCGCCGUGAGUCCCAUCCCCUUCUAAGAGGGAAAGUUGGAGGGCACGUAGAACUUAGAGGCUUUGAGAAGGAUAAUUUGCAUAUCAUAGAUGGAGACGUAAAUUUGUGUGAAGUAGAUUGCAGAACUCCUUACACACAAUAUAUGCUUUAUCGUCUUUGCCUUGUGGCUUCUACUGGUUCAAGGUAUAUUCUGCAGGGGAGAAAGAUUAUGAAUCCUUAUCUCUUUGCAUUAUAUGCUUGGAGGGAAACGACCACAAUGCAUGUAACAUUUGAAAAAGUUCCCGAGAAAAACUCAGUGGAUCAUGAUCAUGAGAAUGUGAUCUUAAAAGGGGAGCUUAGUAUUUCCAUGACGGAGCUUCUUAAGAGCUUGGUGAGCUUCGAAGGAAACAAGAAAAUAAAGUUCUUAUGCCUCCUAUCAGGGACUUUCUUGAGAACCUAUUUCUUGAAGAUACCUCGAGGGAACCAAGAGUACUUUAAUUUGUUAGACUGUGAACAUAAAUAUUCUUAUCCAAGCAGCACCCUGCACGAUAUAGAAACAGAAGAUGGAGUCGUGAUCAGUUGCAGGCAAUGGAAUUGCCAUGAUUUGUCAAAAUUUAGAGGAUCAGAUGGACAACGAAACCCGAUUCUCCUUGUUAAUGGUUAUGCUGUUGAGAGUUACUGGCUUCCGACGGAGCCAAAUGACUUGAUCAGAAGUUUACUUGAAAAAGGGCAUGAAACAUGGUUAUUACAAUCCAGGCUGCACGCUCGUACUCCUCCAAACACUUUUACCCUAGAAGAUGUUGGAAGAUUUGAUAUCCCUGCAGCAAUUAAUAAGAUGCUUGAAUUGCUUGGACCGAGCGUAAAGGUGCAUGUAGUUGCACACUGUGUUGGAGGCUUAGCUAUUCACAUAGCUCUCAUGGGAGGUCAUGUCUGUGGAAACCAUAUAGCUUCUCUGUCUUGCACCAACUCUUCAAUGUUCUUCAAGCUUAAUGCUUUGUCCAAAGUCAAAAUGUGGCUUCCUAUACUGCCAAUAUCCAUGUUGAUACUUGGAAAUAACAAGACACUUCCGCUUGUGGAAACAUCAACGCCAGUGAGCUUACGUCAUAGAAUCUUAAAACUUGUAGCGCGCUUGAUACCGCGUUACGAGAGAUGCACCUGUAAUGAAUGUGAAGUUGUUUCCGGCAUAUUUGGAAACGCAUUUUGGCACGAAAAUAUAAGCCCAACUGUGCACCAGUGGUUGAACAAGGAAAGCUCAAAAAGGCUUCCUAUGGCAGCAUUUCCCCACCUCAGAAAGAUAUGCAAAUCUGGUUUUAUAUUAGACAGCAAUGGUAAUAACUCCUACUUGAUCCACCCAGAAAGAAUGGCACUCCCAACACUUUAUAUAUCGGGCGGGCGGUCUCUUCUUGUGACUCCUCAAACAUCUUUUCUUGCUCAUAAAUACAUGAAGUUGCACCAACCAGGGUUUAGACAUGAAAGGGUAGUUGUGGAGGGUUUUGGGCAUUCAGAUUUGCUGAUUGGAGAAGAGUCUUGCAAGAAGGUCUUUCCUCACAUUUUAUCUCAUAUAAGAGUAGCUGAGGAAAAGAUACUACUGCAGGAAAGAGGCCUCGGAUUCAGAAGCAGAUCAUUAUCAAUAUGAGGAAGGAUUUGGAGAAUUUGGAACUUGGUUUUCUCCUUUUAUUAUUCUUCUGCUAGCCUUUAUAUCCCUUUCUUUGUUGGUCCGAUUAUUUUUACUAUCAAGUUAACUUUGGCUAGUGUAUAGUUGUUUGUUUCCAUCAAAUUAUAAGUUAAUUGAACCAAGUUAUACUUUUUUCCUAAAUAACCUUUAUGUGA